AUGGCGCUGCCGUGCCGAAGCACUCAGAGGGAUCAUUUUGAGGCAAUUGUGGACACUUUGAAUGACAUUUCGGAGAAUGACGUGCGCACAACAUACACUGACAAGGGGGAAAAGCAUGAGCAGGGCAGGUUCAUCUGCUUUGAUCACGUCACCUUCUGGGUUGGAAACGCUAAACAGGCUGCAUCAUACUACUGUAACAAGCUGGGGUUCGAGCCUUUAGCGUAUCAAGGCUUGGAGACAGGUAGUCGAGACGUCGUGUCUCAUGCGGUCAAACAAGGGAAGAUAAUUUAUGUUUUCUCAUCUGCCCUGAAUCCUGGAAACAAAGAAAUGGGGGAACAUUUGAUCAAACAUGGAGAUGGGGUGAAGGACAUUGCGUUUACAGUGGAGGACUGUGAUUUCCUAGUGCAGAAAGCCCUUGAGAGAGGUGCUGUUAUUAUAAAGGAGCCAUACACGAUGGAGGACAAAUAUGGUCGCCUCAAACUGGCUGUUCUUCAAACGUAUGGGGACACCACGCAUACAUUUGUAGAGAGGACAGAAUACAACGGGCUGUUUCUCCCAGGUUUCCAUCCUCCCCUCUACCGGGACCCUUUCUUGGCCAAGCUGCCAAGUGGAAAACUAAACUUUAUUGACCAUAUUGUGGGGAACCAAUCAGAUGAUGAGAUGGUUCCUGUGGUCGAAUGGUACCAGAGGAACCUUCUUUUCCAUCGCUUCUGGUCGGUGGAUGACAAGCAGAUGCAGACUGAGUUCAGUGCCCUGCGCUCCAUUGUAGUGGCAAACUAUGAGGAGACGGUGAAAAUGCCCAUCAAUGAGCCGGCCAUUGGGAAACGCAAGUCUCAGAUCAAGGAAUAUGUGGAGUACUACGGCGGUCCAGGCGUCCAGCACAUUGCCAUGAACACAUCCGAUAUCAUCACUGCAAUCCGGAACCUAAAAGAGCGCGGGAUGGAGUUCAUGUGCGUGCCAGACACCUACUAUGAGCAGCUGAGAGAGAAGCUGAAACACUCAAAGGUCAACAUAACGGAGGACCUGGAUGUCCUGCAGGAGCUGAAGAUUUUGGUUGACUUUGAUGACAAUGGCUAUUUACUCCAGAUCUUCACCAAGCCGGUUCAGGAUCGCCCCACGGUGUUCUUGGAAAUCAUUCAGAGACACAACCACCAGGGCUUCGGUGCAGGAAACUUCAAGUCCCUUUUUGAAGCCAUCGAAGUUGACCAGAAGGCCCGGGGGAAUUUGACUAUCCUGACACCAAACGGAGAGUCAAAGAUCUUGUAA